CUGAGAAGAGAGGAAAGGAAAAGGCACCGACCAGGACGGAUAGCCCCUUCUUUGGAAACCAGCUGUCAUUUUAUUGGCUCCUGAGCUGCUGUUUAAAGCAGGAGCGCUUAGAGGGCUUCACUCUCUCAGCCCGCCCACCCUCCAAGACACUGGAGCAGAGAGAGAAAGCGAGAGAGAGGGAUGUAUUCAUAUCAGCUGGCAGAGGUUGCUACAGCUUAAUUUGCAAAGAAAAGGCAGGGAGGAACAAAGAAAGGGACCUGGAAAAGUAGACACGCUUGUCCAGCCUUUCCGUUCCAGUUCUGCAUGCUCCAGGGCCGGACAGCCAUGAAUGAGACCAUCAUUCUCCAAUACUUCAUUGAGGAAUUGGAUGCUAACUGCAGCCUUUUGGAUAUGUUGCAGGAUGGAUUUGACGGUCCUUACUGCAAUGCCACCACAGAUCAGAUUGGGACCUGCUGGCCCAAGACAAGCGCCGGAGAAUUGGUGGAGAGACCUUGUCCGGAGUUCAUCAAUGGAGUCAAAUACAACACCACUCGAAAUGCUUACCGAGAGUGCAUGGGAAAUGGGACCUGGGCCUUCAAGAUUAACUAUUCACAGUGUGAACCCAUUCUGGUUGAAGAGACAAAACCUGCGCUCCAUUACAAGGUUGCAAUUAUCAUCAACUACCUGGGGCACUGCAUCUCCGUGGGAGCUCUCAUUGUAGCUUUCCUACUAUUCCUGUGCUUGAGGAGCAUCCGAUGCCUUCGCAAUAUUAUCCACUGGAACCUGAUCACGACGUUCAUCCUGAGAAACGUGAUGUGGUUUGUGCUCCAACUGAUUGACCACAACAUCCAUGAAAGCAAUGAGCUGUGGUGUCGGUGCAUCACGACAAUCUUCAACUACUUUGUGGUGACCAAUUUCUUUUGGAUGUUUGUGGAAGGCUGUUACCUGCACACAGCCAUUGUCAUGACCUACUCAACAGACAAGCUGAGAAAAUGGGUCUUCCUCUUCAUAGGAUGGUGUAUCCCUUGCCCCAUAAUUAUUGCUUGGGCGAUCUGCAAACUCUAUUAUGAAAACGAACAAUGUUGGUUUGGAAAGGAGCCAGGGAAGUACAUAGACUACAUCUAUCAAGGACCAGUGAUUCUUGUUCUGCUGAUAAAUUUUGUAUUUCUGUUUAACAUAGUUAGGAUCUUAAUGACAAAACUAAGAGCCUCAACCACUUCAGAAACAAUACAGUACAGGAAGGCUGUGAAAGCAACCUUAGUUCUUCUGCCUCUUCUGGGGAUAACCUACAUGCUCUUCUUCGUCAAUCCUGGAGAAGAUGAUAUUUCCCAGAUAUUUUUCAUCUACUUCAAUUCCUUCUUGCAGUCUUUUCAGGGUUUUUUUGUGUCUGUGUUUUACUGCUUCUUAAACGGAGAGGUCCGUUCUGCGGCCAGGAAAAGAUGGCACCGAUGGCAGGACCACCAUUCCUUGCGAGUACGGGUCGCCCGGGCUAUGUCGAUCCCCACUUCGCCAACAAGGAUUAGCUUUCACAGUAUAAAACAGACUGCAGCUGUGUGAACAGGCCUAUGCUUUCAUCUGCUGCCUAUGGAGUUCUGUUCUCUCUCCUCCUUUCUACUCCACUCUUUCUCUCCCUACAAUCUAUUUUCCUUUUUAUUUUCCCCCUUUCCCCAUUUUUAAACAUUUGUCACCAUGAGACACUUCUUAUGUGUUAUUGUGGACACCUUCCUGUUUGGACACGAUGCUGCUUUUUGUGAUAGGCAACCAAAGAAGAAGAAGAAAAAUGUGGAAGGAGUAAAAUUAAGGAAGAAUCAACAAGAAAUCUUCUCGUGUUCCCAGGAUAUUAACCACGUUGCCAAAAACAGUCAUGAAACAUGACUCUAGGAGUUGGAGUGAAGACUGUUUCUUCUUCAUUUCUUCCCUUCUGGUUAAGGAUUCUGGUUGGGCCAUUUUAGCAAACUUCCCCUGACGUGAUUCAGAAUAUUUCAGAGUUAUUUGUUCUGCUUUGGUUUCACUACAGAGUAAGGUUUUUCUCCUCAAGAUUAAACACUUCAUGGCCAUCAUCCCAUUAGUGACUUUCAUCCACCUUAUGCUUGCAUAUGUAUUCCUUUCUUCAUUGCAGAGGUUGCUAUUUCUUUCCUCUCUCUCCCCAACAUCCAAAGACCCCCCUCCAAGACUCAUGAUUGUACUGCAAUAAUGUCCCCUACUAUGACCAUUCCAUUGAUGGUGGGCAGUGGAAGAGACUGGAGAACCAUCUGGCUGUGUCCCUGUAACCAAGCGCAGAGCAAUGAUAUAAUCCACUGAGCCCCCUGGAGGACUUAAUAGAAGAUCUUAACAGAAGAUGUCUUUGGUCUUUGUCUGGCUAUGGGACAUAGCCAGAUCCUUCUCUGAUCACACCCCUUGCUCUCCACCAGCAACAGAAUGGCCAAUUGAAUGGGAGUGGGGGCUAGUUGAGCACAACCAUGAGUCCCGGUGAGCAGGGAGCCCUAUUGGAAUUCUACAUGUUCAUCUUUAUGCUAUAUGUGACCAUGUAGGGUCUGAGCCCAUAUCUGUUCCUUGGCACUAUUCAAGCACUAGUUUUGAUCCACUUUUCUCUGUUCUAAACUGACAAGGCACACCUUCCUUUCAUGGGAGUAGUAUACUUCUGUUGAGUUUUCUGGUUGUCCAUGAGAGAUCCAUUGGCUCCAGCCAGAGAACACAGCCUUCAGAAAACUAAUGAGAUCUUAUGCACUUUUAUUUAGAGGUAAAUCUCAAAACAAACAAACAAAAAACAAAACAAAACACCAAGGUGUAAAUCCUGUCAGUUGGUCCGAGGUUGAGUAGACUGUUUUAACCAGGGGUACCCAAUCUUUUUGACUCGAGGAGCCCUACGAGGCCUAUCCUAGUGGUGUUUAGGAGUUAUAUAAGAAUAUAUUCUUAUUCUUUAAUUUAAUUCAAUUUUUAUUUCUUUCAAUCUUCCUGGAGUGGCCAUGGAGCACCUGGGAAGUGCGCACAGAGCCCUAAGAGCACAGGUUGGGAACCCCUGCUUUAAACCAAUAGUUAAACAUAUUGGUAAGUCCCAUUGAUUCAGUGGGUCUACUCUAAUAGGAACUAACAGAAUUCAGGCCAAAGGGAUGUAGCAUAUAUUUUUUGUGCAGGUAAAAAAUACGCCCCAUUUCCUCUGUAGUUGCCCACCCCUUCUCUGGCAUAAAACCCCAGCAGAAGUCUGGCUGGAAGAAUGCACUCAUGGACCUUCUUUAUUGUCCUCACCUUUGGAUCAGGGAGCCCUUAGGAUACAAAUUUGCUUUCUGUGCAAUGUGUUGAUCCAGCUGAGAGACAAAGCUCUGAAACAGACCGUCUCAGUAGUAUUUCUGUCUCCCCCAGAUUAUUGUUUCCUUUCUUUCUUCUUCACCACUGCUUUGCCAACCAGCUUUGAAAGGAUGCUGAGCAGCUUUUUGGCUUUUACCUGGGAAGGCAACAACUGAGGGAUCCCUCUACUUUCUCUUGCCAGAACCUCAAAAAACUUCUUUGUUUAGGGUUUAGGGUGGGUUUUUUUCUUUUUUAAAGGGAACCUUUGUACAAAAGAAAAAUGAUACUGAGACCAUUGAGAUGACGAUGCAGCUGUAAGGCUCGCAUCUGGAUUAUUGCAUAAUGCGGCAGACUAUCUCUGGGGCUUUUUAUGUGAUGUUGAAAUAUAAUGUAAAUAUUUUCAAUAAUAAACACUUCUGGUUUUGAUUUCUA